AUGUAUUUUGCAGUUGAUAGGUCUUCUGGAAAACCCGAAAGUUCAAAGACCUAUAUCUUAGAAACGAAAGAUAAGGCUGCUAAUUUUCGAAAAGGUGAAGAAAAAGUCGAUACUUGGGAUGGAAGAAUGCAGGAUACAAACAUACCAUGUAUAUUUGUUAUUAUGCUUUUAAUAUAUCGAGAAAAAUAUUUUCACGACGAUGAUUCAUUAGACGUAAAUAAUGAUAGUACUUCACAAGCUUCCACACCGACGCCUACACCAGAUGAAUGUUUUACUAUUAAUGGUCAGUAUCGCACACCGCCUCCACCUUAUCUCUCAACUUCCGAAAAUCAUCUGCCAUCUCCUCCUCCACCUUAUUGUACUUCCCUUAGGGAAGAAAGUGUGGUAAACGAAACAAUUCCUCUCACUGCCACUGAAAGUCAUUCAUCUUCGGAAAUAGUGGAAGAACAAAAUCAAAUUCAGAAUAUUCAACAACAACAACAACAAACGAUAGUACAGUUAGAAGAAUCAAGUAUUAUCAGUACGAUUAACUUGACGACACCUCAGCAAACAACACAUGCUGAUGAAUCGCAAUCGCGUACAAAUAGUGAGAGAAAUAAUAAAGAUCGAUAUCCGGUUUUAUCUGUUCUACGUAAUCAACAACAUAAUAUACCCAUAUUAUGUAACUCUUCAAACUUUUCAGAUAUAUCAGUGGAGACAUUUCAGUUAUCCACGAUUGCAGAAGAAUUGAGUGUGGGGUUUAUUCAUUGA